UGAAUGACAUUUGCACAGAAAGUGAGAUUUGGAAAAGUUUGAUUUUAGUUGUUUACGCGUAAAAAUAUAUAACAAAAGUUCUAAUGAAAAGCGAACUUUAAAAAUCCAUUGUGGAAAAUUGUGGGGUGGUGGGAGCAAACGAAUACUCAACAGCCAUAGUAAAGAGCGUAAAGCCAGUUGCGAGCGUGUGGAGGAGCAUGACAUCUAUUUGAUGUGUACUCAGCGGCUGAAGAGAACGCAUUAAACGAGAAAACACUCGUACACAACACACAACUUUUUGGAACAGGCUUGUGGGGGAGUCGGAGGCGCAGCUGUUACGAGAAAUACACACGCUUUGCACGUCUGGUAAACGAAAACUGGGAUAGUGUAUACAAGAAAGAAAAAAACACACACACAUUGCGAAAAAGUUGGAUACCCCCUACAUUCACAUAGAAGCAACGACUAAACCACUUUGAGACACUUCAUUUGAAAUAGGCUAAAAAAACAGGCAACAAAAUGAAUCCAGCAGUAGAUCCGUGGGUUGUUACCCAGCGUGAAAAGAUCAAGUAUCAAGAACAAUUCAAAACGCUGCAGCCGCAGGGUGGUUUCGUAACGGGUGCACAAGCAAAAGGAUUCUUUUUACAGUCGCAACUUCCGCCUCUGAUCUUGGGCCAAAUCUGGGCAUUGGCCGACACGGAUUCAGAUGGAAAGAUGAACAUUAAUGAGUUCAGCAUAGCUUGCAAACUCAUAAAUUUAAAGUUGCGCGGCUUGGAGGUACCGAAAGCGCUGCCGCCUACCCUAAUAGCCUCAUUAACAGCACCUGGACAAACGCCAACAAUGUCACCACGGGGUUCAACCAGUUCCAUGAGUCCCCUCGAAACGGUCAAGAGCAUUGCAACCUCUGCAUCAGUGCCUGUGGCUGCUUUGCCCAGUGUGCCGGCAGUUGUGCCAAGUGUACCGCCGGCUGUACCCGUUGCUGCAACAAUUGUAUCGCCACCUGGUAUUGUUGCCGAUGUGCCCAAGGUCCCAGCUAUGCCAACUCCACCGCAUAGUAAUCCACCUAGUCGUCAUAUGUCUAUAUCGGAACGUGCACCAUCAAUCGAAUCACCAAAUCUUGAACACAGUCAAGCGGAGUGGACGGUUCCAGCGGCACAGAAGCGCAAAUACACGCAGGUCUUUAAUGUUAAUGAUCGCACACGCUCAGGAUAUUUGACCGGCGCCCAGGCCCGUAGCGUAUUGGUCCAAAGUAAAUUACCGCAAGUUACAUUAGCACAGAUCUGGACAUUAUCUGAUAUUGAUGGUGACGGUCGCUUGAGCUGCGACGAGUUCAUUUUGGCCAUGUUUCUAUGUGAAAAAGCGAUGGCCGGUGAGAAAAUACCUGUUACCUUGCCAAUGGAAUGGAUACCGCCCAAUUUACGUAAAAUGAAGUCCCGACCCGGUUCCGUUUCCGGAGUAAGUUCGCGGCCAGGCUCACAACCGGCAUCGCGGCAUGCUUCGGUUUCAUCACAGGGUGGCGUAAUAGAUUCUGACCCGGCCGCGGGCUUGCCACAAACUUCCUUUGAAGACAAACGCAAGGAGAACUAUGAAAAGGGUAAAGUUGAGUUGGAUCGCAGGCGAAAGGUUAUGGAAGAUCAGCAGCGCAAGGAACGUGAGGAACGAGAGCGAAAAGAACGCGAGGAGGCUGAAAAGCGUGAAAAGGCUCGCCUUGAAGCUGAACGUAAGCAACAAGAGGAAUUGGAACGACAAUUACAGCGGCAACGAGAAAUCGAAUUGGAAAAGGAGGAACAACGCAAGCGUGAAUUGGAAGCCAAAGAGGCGGCGAGAAAAGAGCUGGAAAAGCAACGCCAACAGGAAUGGGAGCAGGCACGUAUUGCAGAAAUGAACGCACAGAAGGAACGUGAGCAGGAUCGCGUACUAAAGCAGAAAGCCCAUAACACCCAGCUCAACAUUGAGCUAAGCACAUUGAACGAAAAAAUCAAGGAUUUAUCGCAAAAGAUUUGCGAUACGCGUGCCGGUGUGACUAAUGUUAAGUCUGUCAUUGAUGGCAUGCGCACUCAGCGCGACACAUCGAUGAGUGAAAUGGCGCAGCUCAAGGCGCGCAUCAAGGAGCAAAAUGCGAAACUAUUGCAGUUGACACAAGAGCGAGCUAAGUGGGAUGCCAAGUCGAAGGCAAGUGGAGUUGCUGGUGAAACAGCACAGCAGGAACAACUAAAUGCAGCUUUUGCACAUAAGCAGCUGCUGAUCAAGCAAAUUAAAGACAAGGUAGACAACAUACGCAGCGAAAUUGAAUCGAAAAAGGAAGACAUUAAUUCUAAUGAUGUGCAAAUGGCUGAGGUUAAGGGCGAACUUUCUGCGCUCAUUACCAAAUGCGAGGAACUCUACAAAGAGUAUGACGUGGAGCGCACCUCAGUUCUGGAAUUGAAAUACAAUCGCAAGAAUGAGAUGGCUGUUAGCUCUGGUUGGGACACGGGCACCAGCAGUAGUGCCUGGGGAGAUACAAGCAACACUGCGGCGGCUGCUCCGAUCGAUUCCUACAGUGGACUAUCCAAUGAUUCGAGUGCUGUGACAGCAGUAGCUGUCAUUGAUGUCAGUGGGCCGGCACCGGAAGGUUUUGCCAAGUAUCGUGCGGUGUACGAAUUCACCGCACGCAACGCAGAGGAGAUUACUUUUGUUCCUGGUGACAUCAUACUUGUGCCUUUGGAACAGAAUGCCGAACCGGGUUGGUUGGCCGGCGAAAUAAAUGGACACACUGGCUGGUUUCCCGAGUCCUACGUAGAAAAGCUGGAUGGCGAAUAUGGCAGCAGCAAUGUAGCUACAGCUAUAGCUGCAGAACCUGAAAUAUUACCAGCUGCCACCGAUAGCUACAAUGACAAUAGCGCUAUAACAGAGCCAGAGCUGACAAGCGCAUCAGCUGCUCCUGGCGACAUCGAAUAUUACAUAGCCGCAUAUCCUUAUGAAUCCGCCGAGGAAGGUGAUUUGAGUUUUAGCGCCGGUGAAAUGGUGAUGGUUAUUAAAAAGGAAGGCGAAUGGUGGACAGGCACGAUUGGCAAUCGUACUGGAAUGUUUCCCUCUAACUAUGUACAAAAGGCGGAUGUUGGCACGUCUGUGCCUGCAACGGAUGUCCCAUCUACUUAUAGCGAACAGGACACCACGUUGAAUGGCAACGCUGCUUACACAUCGCUACCAGAGCCGCAGCAGCAACAGCCGCAACAGGUGGAGGAGAAACUGCAGCAAAGCACAGAGGAAACACGUACAAAUGAAGAUCUCGAUACCGAAGUAUCACAAAUAAAUACACAAUCCAAAAAUGAGCCGGCCGAGAGCUUUAGUCGGCCCAUGUCACGCACCUCUUCCAUGACACCAGGUAUGCGUGCCAAGCGCUCGGAAAUUGCACAAGUUAUUGCUCCCUAUGAGGCCACAAGCACUGAGCAAUUGUCGUUGACGCGAGGCCAGUUGAUUAUGAUUCGCAAAAAAACCGAUUCUGGUUGGUGGGAGGGUGAGCUGCAGGCCAAGGGACGACGGCGUCAAAUUGGUUGGUUUCCGGCCACAUACGUGAAGGUUUUGCAGGGAGGACGCAACAGUGGACGUAAUACGCCAGUCUCAGGAAGUCGCAUAGAAAUGACCGAACAGAUUUUGGACAAAGUCAUUGCUUUAUACCCGUACAAAGCACAAAACGAUGAUGAGCUCUCUUUUGAAAAGGACGAUAUUAUCAGUGUCUUGGGUCGUGAUGAGCCAGAAUGGUGGCGAGGAGAAUUAAAUGGGCUCUCUGGUUUAUUCCCCAGCAAUUAUGUAGGACCAUUUGUGACAUCCGGAAACGUAUAACGAGCCAUUGGCUUUGGCACGUAAGCAGCAUGGAGCGGAUUAUUCACUUAGGCAACACACAAAUUUCCACGACUUUAUGUGGUUAUAUACUUCAGUUAAAAGUGGAGCAGCUAAUACACGGCUUAUCUAAAGCGUAGUCAACAAGGUGAAGCUGCACAUGUUCGCUGCACGCAAUAGGAUACAGAAACACAUGCAUAGGAUACACAUACAUAUAAAGCAUAACAUAGUUCAGUAAAUGGUUGCGUUUGAUUGCACAGAAAUCGAUAAUGCAUAUAUUUUGAGUUUUAUAGUCGUCCUUUUAUCGCACGAAGAAUUCUUAAAUACCAGCGGUGGACCUUGAAUACCAAAACGUAGUAUAUUGUCGCAAUAGACCGACCUUACCCAUGGGAAGGGCUUUCCUGAAAAUACCAAAUUUUCGUUUACGAUUUGAUCAUUGCAUUAAACAUUGCAUAUUUUUAGGCUGCCCUUAAAAAAUUGGGUACAUUCCCUUCCUUAUAUUUACAAUUCCAACAAUCCGACUAAAUUUCAAUAUUUAAAUUCAUAUUAAUUUUUUAUAUCCAAACUCGGUAUCUGUAAGCUGUAAAUAAGUUAUUGCAUUAAAAAUACAAAUACAUUUUAUUUGUAAGGUAUUGAAGAGCGAAAAUUUUACACUACUUGAUUAAAUGAAAGAUUCUAUUGUAGUAUUUCUCUUCUGUUCUCAUUUUGUAUACCCUGUACCUGAGUUGUUAAUGCGUAUACUAGAAAUUCUAAACGUAUGUAAUAGACACAAGAAGGCGUUGGAUACCCCAUGUUUAAGGUACAUACUAUACAAAGAAAAAGUUGUUAAUAUUAGUAGAUCUAUGGAGAUCAGAAAGCGUCGGUACAGGGUAGACAAGAUACUGACUCGCAGGAAUUUAAUCGUCUAAUCGCCCCAAUUUCUUUUUCUGCGGUUUUUAUGUUAGGGGAGCUUUCGAUAUUCUAGGUUUCUAGUUGGGCUGAACUGCAGUGUUGGAGAGUUUCCAAAAAAUAUAUAUAUAUAUAUUCUCUGUUAAAAAGGUCUAAAGGUACUUCUACACGUAAAAAGUCCCAAACAUCAUUCUGAAGGUGACAUAGAUACAUAUUCAGAUAG